GGGCUGUGAGGGCGGGAGCCCAAAGGAAAAGUGGGAACUAAAGGAAAAAAGCAAAUCUUUGAAGAGAACAAAGAGACUCUGAAAUUUUACCUUCGAAUCAUCCUUGGAGCGAACGCAAUUUAUGGAGUUGUAAAUCUGGUGGUCUUCUAUAUGACAGCCUCCUUCUGGACCUGGGUUGCAUUUGUGUUCAGCUUGGUGGUCUACGGUGCCAGUUACCGCUCCAUGAGCUCCAUGGCAAAGCCGUCUUUCACAGACGAUGGCAGCCUGGCUGAUGGAGGGAUUGACCUGAAUAUGGAGCAGGGCAUGGCAGAGCAUCUCAAGGAUGUGAUCCUGCUGACAGCCAUAGUCCAAGUGCUCAGCUGCUUUUCCUUCUAUGUCUGGUACUUCUGGCUCUUGGCUCCAGGACGGGCACUCUAUCUGCUUUGGGUGAACAUACUGGGGCCGUGGUUCACAGCUGACUCUUCAGCUGUAAACCAGGAGCCGAAUGAGAAGAAGCAGCGCCGACAAGAACGCCGACAGAUGAAACGCUUCUAGCUGCACACAGGGAGAUGGAUUGCAUCUGAUCCAUCAUCUCCAUGUUGUUACUUUGUCAGGGAUGCGAUUUAAACCAAUCAGAAACCGUCACAGUGUCUGUGCCCCUCCCCCCCAUUAAUUAUGUUUCGCUCUAGAAGCUGCAAGAACUUCCCUUGACUGGUCCUGAGGAUCACAUCGGGGAGGGGCUCCACUAAUUGGGGCCUUACUCAGUGUCAUGCCAAUGGGACGGGGAGGCUAUGCUGGGAUGCAUGUAAAUAUCUUUUUAAAGCAGUGCUGUACUGAUCUUGGGGGGAGGGGGGAGCUUGCAAUGCUGCAAGAAAUAUUACAUUAAAGAACAGAGUCUAAGUGA